AUGAUUUUUGGUCUAUUUGUUUUUCUCCUUAUCUUAUUAGUAUUAUUCGCCAUUUAUAGGCUCACACUCAGCUACAAGCCAAAGGUCGUUGUUAAUGAGAACGGAAAUAUGGCGCCGAUUCUUGCAAGAAUGAAGUCGAUCACGAAACCAUUCAAACCAACUCCAUGGCUUAUCAAUGGACACUUCUCUACAGUCUGGGGUAUCCAAUUUAGGAAAAAAUCUACAUUUAAGCCAUCAAGAGAAGAAGUUUCAUUUCCUGACGGCGGAAAUGUUGUUCUUGACUGGUUUAAACGUGAUAUCUCACCUGAAAUACCACUUCUUAUUGUCUGCCACACUCUUGGUGGCGGAACACGCGAACCUUGCACGAAUAAUAUGUGUAUCAAAGGAAUGAAACACGGCUGGAAUGUUGUUGUUGCUACAUGUAGAGGUGCCAAUGGAUCUAAGAUCACUACAAAGCGUUUAUACGAUGCAGUAAGAACAGAUGACUUAAAUUUCCUUGUUCAACACUUUAAGAAGGCAUUGAAUCCAAAACAUAUAUUUAUUGUUGGUUUCUCUCUAGGAUCAUCAAUCGCAUGCAUAUACUCGUCUCAAUACGACGAUGUUGAUGGAGUUAUGUCGAUCUCUCACCCAGUCAAUUGCGAACUUCUUGCAGAUAAACUCGAAGGACCACUGCAAAUGAAGUUUUACAUCCCUCUUAUGCUUAAAGCGAUCAAAAAGACAUUGUCUAAGAAUAGUUUUAUUCCAGAAGAACAAAGAAAAGCAUGUAUGUCAGCGAAAACAUUGCGAGAACUUGAUGAAGCGUGGACAUCGAAAGAACUCGGACUUCCUCAUGCAGAAGAUUAUUAUCGCGCUGUAACUCUUGACGAAAAGAAAAUCAAAAACGCGAAGAUUCCAUUACUUAUCUUCAAUGCAGAAGAUGAUCCAUUCACAACACAAAAAUUAGUUCCAGAACAACUCAUCCGUGAAUCAGAAAACGUUGCAUAUAUUUCCACUCCAGAAGGUGGCCAUGUUUCAUUUGUACAGGACUCAAUGGACAAAAUUCAUAUGUUGAAGAUGUCGCCAUCGACUACUUCGAAUCUAUUCUUUCUUCUAAAUCUGAAUAA